CUCCCCGCUCACUUAUUCACCAUCCUUUCUCACUCACGCUGUGUGCCAUUCCCUCCCUCUCCCUUCUUACACUUCCUCAAAGUGACCAGAGCUCCUCUCCUAUCCUCUCCUCAACCUAUUCACCUCAACAGAUUUUUUUACUGGUUUUGCCUAAAACCUGCCAUAAUCCCAGGCCAGCAUUUUUUAUUUUCCCUGAGCUUUUUGUUUUAUCUUAUUUAUUUAAAAUUUUUUCAAUCAUUUCUUCUUCACCUUUUUUUGGUGAGAGAGGUCGUGGUCCGUUAUUCCUCUCUCUCUUUCUGGUUUGCAUCCCUGGAGCGUGCGAGGUCUCUCUGACUUGAGUCUCCGACGUUUUUUUUUUUGGCAGGGGAAAAGUGCGUAGAAGAACUUCCCGCCACAAUGAAAGUUCAUCUGCUGCUCCUGCUGGCCCUUGCCGGCCCUCUCUGCUCUUUCACACGUGCAAGCCCCACAGUGAAACCAACAAGUGGAGACAUAGAGACCCCAAUUACUGAGACAGCUACAUCAGUUCAUAUCAUCACUGGACCUCCUCCCUCCAGCCCAAAAAGUCUCCCUGAAGUUGCCAUGGUCAGUACUGCUGGCCCAGUAACUGUACCUGAGGACCCUGCAGAUGUCUCUACUGUAACACCAGAUCUGGCCACUUCAACCAUUGCAGUACAGGCCCACAUCACCACCGCGGUUGCUUCCACUGUGGACGCCACAGCUUCUGAUGAGAAGACCUCACCUCCUCCCGUGACUACUGCAGCUGCUGUUCUCAAAACCACAAGUCUUGAUGAGAUCGAUGGACCCUCAACUGCAGCAGGGACUGAAGUCCUGCCUGGUCCUACACAGUCCGGGGACCCAACUGAUGCGAGCGAGAGCAGCAGCAUAGGUGAAAAAGUGGAAAUUGAAGAUGACAUGGAAGAGGGUCUGAGCACUGGACAAAUAGUGGGGAUUGUGAUUGGUGCCAUUGUGGCAGUGGUUAUUGUCACUGCUGUGGUGAUUGCAAUGUUGAGGAAGAUGGGCAAAUACUCGUCUACCAAGAGCAGAAAACCUGCAAAAAAAGACAGCGUUGUUGUCUCACCCUUGAGGAAAAAGUCCACCAAGCAGCACGAGCGCGCAAAGUUCUGGAAAUCCUAAACUACUGAACUGUGACAUUGAGUUUUUGAUGAUUGAAAUGAGCACAAUGCCAGAACUAGACUAAUCUUAACGCUGGACUUGAAAUGAUGACAAACCAAGGGGUGCAGGGAGGGUUGGGUGUGUUGAUGUAAAUGUAUAGAGUGUGUACUGUAAUGUAUGUGAGACAAAAGGGGUGCACAAGCCGACAUCUUCGUUUUUCCCCUGCUUACCGCCCCGAAAUUAAGGAGCUGCUGAUAUCAAAAGCUUUCUCUUCCCUCAUUGUUCCACAUGUGAAAAAAAAAACAAGGGGACAGCAAAACUGAUAUAAUUCUUUUGUUGUGCUUAAAUGCAAUUUUCUUGAUAAAAGAGUAAAGAAACAAUUAUCUGACAUCAGAAGGAAGACAUGUCUCUCUGUCAUAGUGAAGUAGGCAACCAAAAUUACUGUCGAGAGCAUGCAAAUGGAGAAAUAUCUCAAAUACACAAGGAGGAUUGGGGGGGGGGGGGGAUUCUGUUUAAAUCCACAUGAUCUAUGUAUGUAAAUAUUUAUAUAUAUAUAAAAUGCAGUGGCACUACUAGAUAGAGCAAACAACGUUCUCAUUUUCUUGCAGUUGCAUAGACUAGCGUUUCCUAAUAUUCAGUACCUAGUAGGAACAGGCAAUCAUAGCAUAUUGUUGUACAGUGCCAUGAAAAAAUACAUGCCUCCUUGGAGUUUUUUUUUUUUGUACUUAAAUGUUGCAAUAAAUGGUAAUUGGUCUUUUA